UAUAUAUAAUGGGACUACUCCAUAAGCUUUAACAAGCCAUUUUCAUUUCUGUAGUGUGAAGGAAAACGAAGAAGCACAAAUGAUGGAGAAAGCUAUUGAAAGGCAGAGAGUUCUACUGGAGCACCUUCAGCCUAUUCGUUCUUCGUCUCUCACUACUUCAAUUUGUGUAGCUGGUGAUAGUGCUGCAUACCAUAGAACAGCUGCUUUUGGUGAUGAUGUUGUCAUUGUUGCAGCUUAUCGUACUGCUAUUUGCAAAUCCAAACGUGGAGGUUUUAAGGACACCCUAUCAGAUGAUUUACUCGCUCCAGUUCUCAGGGCAGUAAUUGAAAAAAACAACGUGAAUCCAAAUGAGGUGGGAGAUAUUGUUGUUGGUACGGUUUUGGCACCAGGUUCAAUAAGAGCAAUGGAGUGCCGGAUGGCUGCAUUUUAUGCAGGUUUUCCAGAUACUGUGCCAAUCAGAACUGUGAACAGGCAAUGUUCUUCUGGCCUCCAGGCUGUUGCUGAUGUAGCUGCAUCAAUAAAAGCAGGAUUCUACGACAUAGGCAUUGGUGCUGGACUAGAGUUAAUGACAGUUGACAAUAUUGGACUAGUUCAAAAAGCUAACCCGAGAGUAGAUGCUUUUGCACAAGCCCGUGACUGCCUUCUCCCUAUGGGCAUCACUUCUGAGAAUGUUGCACAGCGAUUUGGAGUGACGCGGCUAGAGCAAGACCAAGCUGCUGUUAUUUCUCACCAGCGAGCAGCUGCAGCAAUUGAGUCUGGAAAGUUCAAAGAUGAGAUUAUCCCAGUUUUGACAAAGAUUGUGGACCCGCAAACUGGAAAUGAGAAGCCUGUUGUGAUUUCUGUUGAUGAUGGCAUUCGGCCAACCACAAAUUUGGCAGGCCUGGCCAAGCUGAAGCCUGCAUUCAAAAGCGACGGAACCACAACUGCAGGGAAUUCUAGCCAGGUUAGUGAUGGUGCGGCUGCAGUGCUUCUCAUGAAGAGAAGUAUAGCUAUGCAGAAGGGACUUCCAAUUCUUGGUGUAUUCAGGAGCUUCGCUGCUGUUGGUGUGGAUCCUGCUGUUAUGGGAAUUGGUCCAGCCGUUGCAAUCCCAGCUGCUGUUAAGUCUGCUGGUCUUGAGCUUAACAAUAUUGAUCUUUUUGAAAUAAACGAGGCAUUUGCAUCCCAAUUUGUCUAUUGCCAAAAGAAACUCAAUCUUGACCCUGAAAAAGUUAAUGUGCAUGGAGGGGCAUUGGCUCUUGGGCAUCCUCUGGGUGCUACAGGUGCGCGUUGUGUGGCAACUCUACUUCAUGAGAUGAAACGCCGUGGAAAAGACUGUCGUUUUGGUGUGAUUUCCAUGUGCAUAGGUUCUGGAAUGGGGGCUGCCGCAGUGUUUGAAAGAGGGGAUGCUGUAGAUGACCUAUGCAAUUCUCGGGCCAACAAUAACAACAAUUUCUUGUCGAAGGAUGCGAAAUGAGCCUGCUUAUAAUAUCCAAAGUCCGCUAGCUUUUGUUUUGAGAUAGGAAUGUGACGUAGUAAUGUACUACAUAUAGAAUAAAGACAUCAACGUUUAGUUAAAUUGAGAUUUAUAUGUAUCAAUUAUUGGAGUAACAAUGAAAGGGAAGACCCAAUUCUAAAAGAAGUUUUGGUAUGAAUGAAAAGUAAUACUUACCUUUGCAGAGUCAA